AUGACUUUUUUCAGUAGCCAGACGUCUGUUAAUUUAAAGUCACUCGAGGAGAAGUUCCCUCAGCAGCAGCAGCAGCAGCAGCAGCAGCAGGGGCUUCCACCAAAGACUCAACUAUCCUCAGGCUUAAUCCAGGUUUCUGCUAUGUUGCAUUUGAGUAAAGGGGAUUUUGUAUGGGUGGACUCCGGUGUCGAGGUGCCGCUCGGGGCCGAGGUCAAGGUGACAGACACUGGACAGUUCCAGCUGAUCGAUGAUGAAGGAAAGGAGCACAAGAUCAACAAGAAGACGGAGGGCACCAUCCGGCCCAUGCACCCCACCUCUGUGAAGGGUGUGGAUGACAUGAUAAGGCUCGGUGAUCUCAACGAGGCAGGGCUCCUCAGGAAUCUCCUGGUGCGACACAAAGAAGGCACCAUCUAUACAUACACAGGCUCCAUUCUGGUUGCAGUCAACCCUUACCAGCUGCUGCCCAUUUACACCACCGAGCAUGUGCAUAUGUACACAGACCGGAGGCUCGGUGAACUGCCGCCGCACGUCUUCGCCAUAGCAGACAGCUGCUUUUUCAACAUGCGCCGCAGCCGAAAGAACCAAUGCUGUGUCAUCAGUGGAGAGUCAGGAGCAGGGAAAACUGAGAGCACCAAGCUCAUACUGCAGUUCCUAGCUGCAGUGAGCGGCCAGCACUCCUGGAUCGAGCAGCAGAUUCUUGAAGCGAACCCCAUCUUGGAGGCCUUUGGUAAUGCCAAAACCAUUCGUAAUGAUAACUCUAGUCGUUUUGGGAAGUACAUUGACAUCAACUUCACCGACGGUGGGUCCAUUGAAGGGGCCCGCAUUGACCAGUACCUGCUGGAGAAGUCCCGAGUUUGUCGUCAGGCGCCUGAGGAAAGAAACUACCACAUCUUUUACUACAUGCUGAUGGGCAUGCCAGCUGAGCAGAAAAAGAUUCUUUCCCUUGGGACUGCUGCUGAGUACAACUAUCUGACCAUGGGAAAGUGCACCAGCUGUGAAGGGCGUGAUGAUGUGAAGGAAUACGCCCACUUCCGUUCAGCUCUGAAGAUCCUCAUGUUCACAGAGAAUGACUCCUGGGAAAUCUCCAAACUGCUCGCUGCUAUCCUUCACCUAGGCAAUGUGGACUUUAAGGGCACCAUAGUACAUAACCUAGAGGGCUGUGACAUCCUCACAUCAUCCCAUUUCAGCAUGGCUAGCCAACUUUUGGAGGUGGAUCCCAAAGCGCUGGAGAAGAGUCUGACUCAGCGCUCCUUCAUGACAGCCAGAGAGAGUGUGACCAAACCCCUGACCUCUGCCCAGGCCGUGGAUGGCAGGGACGCCUUCGUCAAGGCUAUUUAUGGAAGACUUUUCCUGUGGGUCGUGGACAAAAUCAACGCUGCCGUUUACAAGCCACCUGAGGAUUCCAAAGAGGUCCGACAGUCAAUAGGCUUGCUUGACAUCUUUGGCUUUGAGAACUUCAACAAAAACAGCUUUGAGCAGCUGUGCAUCAACUUUGCCAAUGAGCAGUUGCAGCAGUUCUUCGUCAGGCACGUUUUCAAGCUGGAGCAGGAUGAGUACACCCGUGAAAACAUUGUUUGGAAGCACAUUGACUACCAAGACAACCAACACACCCUGGACGUAUUGGCCAGUAAACCUCUGAACAUGCUGGCGCUUAUUGAUGAGGAGAGCAACUUCCCCAAGGGCACAGAUACCACCCUUCUCCAAAAACUGAAUCAGGUCCACGGGAAAGUGGACAUCUAUGUUCCCCCUAAGAACAACUAUGAGACACAGUUUGGAAUCAAACAUUUUGCAGGAGAGGUCUACUAUGAUUCAAAAGGUUUCCUUGAGAAAAACCGUGACGCCCUCAGCUCAGAUCUGAUUCAGCUGGUGGAGACCUCCACCAAUAAACUCCUCAAACAGGCGUUUCAAAAUGUGCUGUCUUCCAGUACGAUCAAGAGCAGCGUCAACCCCAGGAUGAUCAUCACCACGGCCAACAACAGCCUGCGGCAAGCGACUGAUGGCAAGAAGCGUGUUCCAACUCUGGCUGGCCAGUUCCGUCAGUCUCUGGAUUCCCUGAUGAAAACACUGACUGUGUGCCAACCCUAUUUUGUACGCUGUAUUAAACCCAAUGACUUCAAGAAGCCCAUGCUGUUUGACAGAGAGCUGUGUAUGCGUCAGCUCCGUUACUCUGGCAUGAUGGAGACCAUCAGGAUCCGGAAAGCUGGAUAUCCUGUACGCUACACAUUCGAUGAGUUUCUAAAUCGCUACCGUGUCCUCCUGAAAACUUCCCUCUGUGAUCCCAAAACAGAAAGUAAAGAGAAAUGCUGUGAAAGCAUUUGUGAAUCUGUGCUUACUGGAGAGGGCGACUGGAAGACUGGCAAGACAAAGAUGUUCCUCAAGGACUUCCAUGACACCAUGCUCGAACUGGAGCGAAUGAAAGAACUAAAUGAGAAAGCACUUCUGAUCCAGAAAGUCCUGAGAGGCUACAAAUACAGGAGAGAAUUCCUAAGGAAAAAAGCAGGUGCUCUCAUCAUUCAGAAAUACUGGAGAGGACACAAAGGCAGAAAGCUCUACAAAGUGGUCCAGCUGGGCUUUGCGAGGCUGCAGGCACAGGUGCGGUCUCGUCAGCUCCACUUCCAGUAUAAGAAGGAGCGCGAGGCAGCCAUUGUGCUGCAGGCCCGAGUCAGAGGAUACCUGGCCAGGAAGGAAUGGAAGCGCAAGAGAGACGCUGUGAUCCUCCUGCAGGCACACACCAGGGGUGGGCUGGCAAGAAAAGCUAUCAAAAAGAUCAAAACAGAUAUGUAUCUCUCUGCUAAAGAGAAAGAAGAAGAACGGCGGGUCAUUUUGGAGCGUCAGAAACACUUGGAGGAAGUGCUGAGGCGGAAGAAAGAGAUGGAGGCCAAAGCUCAGACUGAAUCCAUCACAGACGGGGAGAUGGUGGACAGCAUCUUUGACUUCCUGCCCGUUAUGGUUGGAGGGAAGGAGGGGCAAGCGCCUGUGGGAUUCGAGAAGUUUGAGGGGAGAAGGACAAUCACAGAGGAGAUAGACAUCGACGACAUCCCCAUGGAGGAAGAUCUUCACAAAGAAGAUGACGAUGACCUGGAUGAGUACUCCUUCUCCAAAUUUGCCUCCAUGUACUUCCAGGGUGCUGCCACCCACACCCACAUCCGCCAGAGGCUUCGGCAGCCCCUGCUGUACCACGAAGAUGAAGGAGAUGUUCUGGCCUCUCUGACUGUGUGGUGGAUCAUCCUGAGGUUCAUGGGAGACCUCCCUGAUCCGAAGAAGCAGGUCCAGGGAACCUCCACGCAGGAACGCCUUCUGCCAAAGGAGCUGAUCUCCAGAAAGGACAGACGUUUCAGCCACAUGGUUGGCCUGGAUCAGAGGGUGCUGAGGAAUAAAAAAGAAAGGAAGCCUUCCACAGUUCCUGAGGAGCCAACAUCAAACAGAAAGGCCUCCAUUUUCACAGACCUUCUGACAAGAAACAGGAAGGCUUCUGCUGUGCCCACUGAGACAAACCCAAAGGGAUACACUGUGCCAGAAGGGAGCCCUCGAACAAGGAAGGGAUCUACAUUCACUGACCUACUGUCCAGAAACAGAAAAGCAUCCACCAUUCAAGAAAAUGGAAUUCCAAAAUCCACUUCAGGCCUCAGGAAACCCUCCAUCAUCAUGGAGGAGUCAGAGGAUCUGACUGAAGCGUCCAAGCCUCCCACCCUGCAGACUGUGAAGGAGGACAGUGACGUCAUGAUUGGAGAAGGACCCACCCUGGACCGGCCGAUGACGUCGCUCGAAAAACUCCACAUUAUUGUGGGAUAUGCCAUUGUCAGACGUGACCUCAGGGAUGAGAUUUACUGUCAGAUCUGCAAGCAGCUACAAGAUAACAACAAUCGCAACAGCUACUUCCGUGGCUGGAUCCUGCUGUCCCUCUGUCUGGGCAUCUUCCCUCCAAGUGAUCGCUUUAUAAGGUACCUACAAAGUUUCAUCCGCUUCGCUCCAGGAGGCUACGCUUCCUACUGUGCUGAAAGGCUGCGACGCACAGUGAUGAACGGAGUGCGAGGGGAGCCUCCAGCCUGGCUGGAGCUGCAGGCAACCAAGACGAAAAAGCCCAUGAUUGUGUCUGUGAUGCUGAUGGAUGGACGCUCCAUUAACCUGCCUGUCGACUCAGCGUCUACCUCCAAAGAGAUCUGCCAGCUCCUCUCUAACAAAGUCAAACUCAAAGACACCUUUGGCUUUUCUGUGUACGUCGCCUUGUAUGAAAAGGUGUGGGCUCUGGGCAGCGGCCGGGAGCAUGUGAUGGAUGCCAUCUCCCAGUGUGAGCAGGAAGUAAAGAGGAGAGGAGGGCAGGAACAGCACGCUCCCUGGCGUCUCUUCUUCCGCAAGGAGGUCUUCACCCCCUGGCACGACUGCAAAGAGGACAAGAUUAGCACGGACCUCAUCUACAAACAGAUCAUCCACGGUCUGAAGUUCGGAGAGUACCAGAGUGAAAAGGAGGAUGAUUUCGUUCAGCUCGCUGCGAAACAUUUAUAUGUCCAGCAUGGCUCAGGCAGCAGCCCAGAACAUGUGAAGGAAGCCGUUCAGGACUGCAUCAACAACUCUCUGCUGGAAGCCAAGUCAGAGGCCAAAUGGGUGCAAAUGGUCAGCUCCGCUCAUGCUCAGGGUUCAUAUUUGAGUUCAAGACAGAAAGCCGAUUCCGUUAAGGCGGAGAUGGUCGACUACGCCCGAGAGAAGUGGCCCAUGUUCUUCUCUCGCUUCUUUGAAGUUGUCAAACUGUCAGGCCCUGCGCUGCCAAAGAGCAAGUUCAUUGUGGCCAUAAACUGGACUGGUAUCACGUUCCUGGACGAGAGAGAGAAGAGGCUGCUGGAGCUUUCCUUCCCUGAAGUCACCGGCGUCCACACCGUCAGGGAGGGUAAAGCGUCUGGCCAGGCGGUGAGCCUGCUGACACUCAAAGGAGACUUCACUCUGAGUGGAGGGACAGCUGAGGACAUGGCAGAGCUGGUUACUAUGUUCCUCAGUGGACUGACCGAGAGAUCUCAGUAUGCUGUGACCCUGAAGGAAGCCGAUCAAGAUGACACAACAUUGUUGAGCUUCAAGAAAGGAGAGCUCAUUAUAAUAAUUAAAGAUGACGAGUUUUCUCAGCAACGUGGCUGGAUAAAGGGCCAGAAUGAGAGCACGAGAAAAACGGGAGCCGUCCCCACCGAGGCCAUCUUAAUCCUGCCAACACUCAGUAAACCCACCAAUGAGGUCAUGAGCCUCCUCAACUUGUCCCCCAACCAGAGGAAGAACAUCAUAGAUGAAAACCAGAAAGAAACAGGAACAAUAGAGAGAUUAGCUCCUGUCACGCUGAGAGAAUUCUCCCUUGAGUACUUCAGGCAGCCUACUAAGGAUGUGAACCGUCAGGUGAUGUCCAGGAAUGCUGCUCCUGAGAGGCUGUGGGCAAACUCCAGAGAGCCACUCAGACAGCCCCUCCUCAAGAAACUAGUGGCCAACCCAGAGCUCAGCCACAAAGGCUGUCUGGCCUUCACUGCGAUCCUGAAAUAUAUGGGAGAUUACCCCACCAAACAGACGCAGAGUCCUCUCGAGCUCACCGACCAGAUCUUUGGCCCCGCCACUCAAAACGAAGCGCUCAGGGAUGAGAUCUAUUGUCAGAUCAUGAAGCAGAUGAGCAGCAAUAACAACCGGUUCAGCGUGGAGCAGGGCUGGCAGCUGCUGUGGCUCUGCUGCGGCCUGUUUCCUCCCAGCCAGUCUCUUCUGAGGCACACUCAACGCUUUCUGGAGUCGCGCCGCAGAGAGCCCCUCACCGCCGACUGCCUGCAGCGUCUGCAGAGCUCCCUGAGGAUGGAGCCCCGGAAGCUCCCACCGCACCAGGCGGAGGUAGACGCCAUCCAACAGAACAGCACCCAGAUCUUCCACAAAAUCCACUUCCCCAACGACACAGAGGAGAUAUUUGAGGUGGCGACAAACACCAGGAUCAGGGAUCUCAUCCAGAACAUCACCAAGAAGCUCAGUCUGGCUUCGGCAGACGGCUUCAGCAUUUUUGUCAAAACACAUGACAAGGUUCUCAGUCUGAAUGACACAGACUACUUCUUUGAUAGUCUGAGACAAAUCACUGAUUGGUCCAAGAAGGCCAAGAGGAUCAAAGAUGGUGGGCCAGUCAACAUCCCCUACCUUGUGUUCUUCAUGAGGAAGUUGUGGUUCAAUGUUAUCCCUGGCAGAGAUGCAGGGGCCGAUCUUAUCUUUCAUUUCCCUCAGGAGCUACCAAAGUACCUGAGAGGCUAUCAUGUUUGCACCAAAGAGGAAAUGGUCAACAUUGCAGCUCUGCUCUUCAGGAUAAAGGUCAACAAUGACAACAGCCAGUUUGUCAUGAUUCCCAAGAUGCUGAAGGAGCUGGUGCCCGCCGACCAACUGAAGGCCAUGUCUGAAAAUGAGUGGAAGAAGAGUAUUCUCGCCUCUUAUAACAAACAUGCUGGCAUGACUGUUGAAGAAGCUAAGGUGGCAUUCCUGAAGGCAGUGUGCCGCUGGCCGACGUUCGGCUGUGCGUUCUUUGAAGUGAAGCAAACAUCGGAGCCAAGUUUCCCAGAUAUUGUGCGAAUAGCCAUCAGCAAGCAAGGACUCACCAUCAUCCACCCUAAAACCAAGGAUGUGCUGGCAAAUCACCCAUUCAACCGCAUCGCUAACUGGUGCAGUGGAAGCACCUACUUUCACAUGACUAUUGGCAGUUUAGUCAAGGGGAGCAAAUUCCUUUGUGAAACGUCACUGGGUUACAAGAUGGAUGAUCUUAUAACCUCCUAUGUCAACAUGUACCUCAGAGAGAGGAGGGCAGUGCAAACCAGGAACCAGCGCUUCAACAUCUGAGUAGCACGAGUGUGACGCAACUUGUGUCUGUAGCUGCAGAUUCAAACCAACACACUCAACAUGUAGUUCAUACACACACACACAUACACACACACACAAACACACACACACACACACAGAGGCAGAGCAGGAAUAGUUCUGCUUUCAAAAGUGCGAUCAACUUUAUUUGUGCUCAGUGGAAAAAAAACAUUGAUUUAUUGCAUGGAAGAAAGUUGUUGUAGUUUUCUCUCAUUUUAUUUAAAGCUAAUGUAUUCAAGUAACAUAAUCCUAAGUGAAGAACCCACGUUCUAGGUAAUGAUAAUUCUGUGCACACUUUUCCUCCAGCUCUUAAUUUAUGGAGAAAAACAUAUGUGGUUCAUGAUUCACCAAUAUGAAACAGAUUUACAAAUGUGUAUGAUAAAUUGUGAAUGAAUUAUGGUUUCCAUAAAUGUUUCUUCCUAUCCAUAAAUACCACCAAAGUUGAAUAUAUUUACAUAUAGACAACCCAACUUGAAUAAAUGCCAGUAUUCCACAUAGUUCCAACUUUCUUUAAUCUAAUAACUUUUUAUUUUCAAAUACUUCCUGUGUAUAUCGUUGUCUAAAAAUAUUAUUCACAUCUGGUUAACAAAAUAUUUACAUAUUUAGUUUUUGUUUGUUUAAGUUUAGUGGUAUUUGUUUGUGGGUGGAAAAAUUCAAUUGUGGACACCAUAAUUUAUUCACAAAUCUCCAUACCCAUUCGUAAACCUUGUUUUUAUUUGUAGUAACUACAAUGGAAACUACCAGUAAUUCCUCUCCAUAUUAAUCUGCCUGCCUUAAAAACAUUAAAGGUGCCUUGUGGAGUUUUCUUAAAAACAAA